AUGUUCUCCUGCCCAGCAACUGACGUUCUUUACGAACCCAGCUACAUGCAUCCUCGAGCAGACGAGAAUAGCAGCAACAAUUUUAGCGGGUGUUCGAACAAUUACAUUGUGCCAAGGGAGCCUCGUGACCAGGACGAAGAGGAUCUAGUCACUAUACAUUACGGAGUUAUUGCCUCGGGCAAUCUGAAGAUUGAGGAUGCGAUCUUCCGCGACAAGCACGCAAGAGAAACGGGUAUCCUCUGCUUCGAGAUGAAGGCGGCGGGGGUUGUGAACCGUUACAAUUGCCUGGUGGUACGAGGCAUUUCUGACUACAGCGACAGCCAUAUCAAUAAAGAGUGGCAGGGCUUUGCGGCUAUGGCUGCCGCAGCUUAUGCGCGUGCUCUUUUGGACGACAUUCCCUCUCAUGAUAUUGAGUUCGGAAAACGACAAAGUGAAGUCCUUAAAGCGGUUUGA